UCGAGCAGCCCCGUGGAGGUGCCUGCUGGGCCCUAUUCCUGCCAUGCGGGGUGGGACCACUUCAGGAGACUGGCUGCUAGAGUAUGGGGAGAGGUUGAGUUUAAGACAGAUCGCUGAAUGCCUUCCCUGGAGUGGGGGACGAUUUGGGAAGAUUUUUAAGGAGCCCCAUUAGGUAUGGAGGCACCUGGCCUGCGACUAUGACUGUCCUCUUUGACGAUGCGCCAGCAUCCUUGGUGAUCUGGGAAAUGCUGCAGCCCGUUCCUCCCAGGGCUUUUAGGACUCAGGUGCCCACCUAACACCAACCUACUUGUUUUCAGCAGGUGUACAACGCCAGCUCCCUCCUUGGGGGGCGGCCUGGGGGCUACCAUGGCCCCCAACCACCUGUCAGUGCGGGAAAUGAGGGAAGAUGAGAAGCCCCUGGUGCUGGAGAUGCUGAAGGCUGGUGUAAAAGACACGGAAAACCGUGUGGCCCUUCACGCUCUGACACGUCCUCCAGCCCUUCUCCUCCUGGCUGCAGCCAGCAGUGGACUGCGCUUCAUCCUGGCCUCCUUCGCCCUGGCCCUCCUGCUGCCCGUGUUUCUGGCUGUAGCGGCUGUGAAGCUGGGUCUGCGAGUUCGAUGGGGCUCUCUGCCUCCACCAGGCGGGCUGGGGGGUCCCUGGGUGGCUGUCCGGGGAUCCGGCGAUGUGUGUGGAGUCCUGGCUCUGGCCCCUGGUGCCAACUUGGGGGACGGAGCCCGAGUUACCCGCCUCUCUGUCUCUCGAUGGCACCGUCGCAGGGGCGUGGGCAGGAGGCUGCUGGCCUUUGCUGAGGCCCGAGCCCGAGCAUGGUCUGGGAGUGUGGGGGAGCCUCGGGCCCGGCUCGUGGUCCCAGUGGCUGUGGCCGCUUGGGGUGUGUCAGGGUUAUUGGAGGCCUGUGGCUACCAGGCAGAGGGAGGCUGGGGCUGCAUGGGCUAUAUGCUGGUUAGGGAAUUCAGCAAAGACCUGUGAUUGGAGACUAUGCCCAUUGGGUAGAUGGGCAGAGAACCAGCACCUAAAGAACACCUACUGUGUGCCGUGCACUUUACAUCCCCUCCCGCAGUGUCCACCUAGUCUGCUGGGCUGAUAGUGAGGCACCAAGGUUGAUGGACUUACAUGCUCACAGUGGACCUGCCAGAUGCAAUGGGGACUCUAAACUCAAAUAGAACAAAUUCCUUCUUGGUCUUCUGGGACCACUAGAAGUCGCCCUGUUCACUUCUCCCCCCCCCCAACCCCCAGCCCCAGUCUGUAUGCACUGAAAAAACUUGUGGUUCUGGGUCUACAAAGCCCCUGUUGCGUGUAUUUGAGGUCUGGAAGGGAUAUCUGGGGGGGGGGGAGAGAGAGAGAGAGAGAGAGAGAGAGAGAGAGACUGAGACUCUCAGAGUUAGAGUCUGACAGGGAACUCCCAAAGGGGACAGAUCUUCUGGGAGUGGGUGGGACUGGGAGCAUAGUGUCUCCAAGACCAUCUGGUUUUUUACACUGUUUGUUAAUAAAUCCUGAAACU